CCAACCGCCAUAAAACAUCAGAAGAAGAAGAAGAAGAAGUUUGUUCUCUGGAGGCGCUGCUCAAACUUCGCCUGACAUUUUGACGUCAGCAGGAUGUUCGCUCCACUGCCGUGACGUCACCCUCCCAGAAUGCCUGGCUCCCAGCGCGGUGCCCCAGAGUCCAGGCCUGAAACUCCAACAAACUGCUUUCAAACUUCUGCUGCAAUGUCGCCGCGGAGCGCGAAGGGAGGAAGGACGCAGAGCCGGACGGACGAGUCGGUUUGUGAAGAGGAAGGCCAGUUUCUGUGACCCGGUGGCGUGUGCGUUCAGAUCCUCUGAGUCCUGACGUAGAGUCCUCAUCCCUGCAGCCCUUUGGGGUUGUUAUGGCAGCAGAGUUCAUGCUGUGGACCGAGGCUCUGCCCUUUAGCACGCGUCCCAUCAGCCGCCAGUCCUGCAGGAAAACAUCAAACUUUAAAAGCUGCGGCUCUUAACAAAACCUCUGCAUCUGGACUUGGACUAGCAACCAUAGCGCAGGAAGCUGAUGCUCCUUCCUCCUCAUGACUCUUGUUCCUAUCAGCUCAGGCUCUUGGCCCCGCCCCCGCGCAGCAGCGGCGCCGCCGCCCAUUUCGUCCUCAUUAGACCAUGUUCCACGAGGAUCACCUGAAAGGGCAGCUUUACGAGAACCUCCCGGCCAGUAGGCAGCUCUUCCAAUGCCAGGAGUGUGGAAAACAGUACAACACUCAGCUGGGUUACAGACGCCACCUGGUGGCUGCCCACAGCGCUGCAGCGGGCCCGCUCUGCAUGGAGUCCCCCGCCAUGUUGGAGACCCUGGGGGAGCACGGGGACCGGCCCCUGUCCACGGACGGCGGCGGCGUGCCUCCGAGAGAGAGGAAGUACUCGUGUGAACGAUGUGACCGUCGAUUCUACACACGGAAGGAUGUGCGGCGCCACGCGGUGGUGCACACCGGGCGCCGGGACUUCCUGUGCCCGUGCUGUGCGCAGCGUUUUGGGCGCAGAGACCACCUGACGCGGCACCUGAAGAAAAGCCACGCGCAGGAGUCUGGUCUGAUGCCGGCGUCUAACUCCGGCAACCACGGAGCGGCUCAGACCCCGGUCAAAGAGGAGCCCCCCUUAGAGGCGCCCGUCAGAAGCUCCGCCUCCAAGGAUCCCAGCGAGGGUUUUACCAGGGAAAUGAGCGCUUCCUACAGCUUGCCAAACCUGAUCCCUGCCAUGGGGCCUCCUCAUGGCCUGGUGCAGGGCUCCUUGUCCUCCAGCAUGGGGGUGGGUCAUCAUAUGACCACGCCCUCUUCCCACCCCCAUCGACACGCCCUCCAGCCGCCGGCGGCAGCCCAGCAGCAGCCCUAUGGCGGCAUGUCCCAGUACCCGUACGGCUCUACCUCAUAUCCUCGCUCUGACAUGGAUGGUUUCCUGCUGGACUUCCAGAGCGUCCCGUCGUCUCAGCUGAGUGCGGCCGGGUCCUCCAUGGCUGCCUCACCCCAGAAGGAGAUUGUGGGGGACGGGGUGGACGGAGGCGGGGGCGAAACCCAUCCCGUGCCUCGCAGCCCGGCCGUCUCCACCGGCGAGCCGCCGUGCAACACCAACAUGGACCUGGGCUCUCUGCUCAGCUUCCUGCCUUUCGGGCUGCCGCCCUACAACCCUCACAUGGGGUUAGUGAUGAGUUACCCCCCCGCGCCCUCCCCCACUUCGUCUCCCUCCUCUACCUCGGGGGUCCCCGGCCAGGCUCCGGGACCCUUCAGCUUCCUGCAGCCCCCCCAGGCUCAUGGGCCGCAGGGCUCCGGGGUUUUUAACCCCAACCAGCUACCUCAGUCAUACAGUCCUGCUGUGAGCAGCUCCAGCUCCCUACCUCACUACUACCAGGCCUUCCAGCAGUAGAUACCUUCAAGGAUUCUCCUCACGCACUUGUUGUACAUAAUCUGAGAAGAGUUGUAUAUUUUUGGAAACAAGCAACAGGUCACCUCAUUAGUAUUACCUCAUGACUGAAAAGGUUUGAAUGUUCCAGAGGAAUCCCACUUCCUUCACUUUUUCUAGAUUUUAUUUUUCCUUUCAACACGUCGCCGUUAGAGAAGCGUUUCCUCCCAUCGGUGGGGUCGGGCUUCGCUCGCUCAUGACCCUACCUGUGGGCGCAGUAUUUCAGCAGUAUAGAAGAAGAAAAUGACCAAAAUGAAGCUGUGAACAUAAGCAGGUUGCUGAUGGCCGUUUCUCGGCCGUGGCUAGCUGUGAGGCUCCACUGCAGGUCAGCUUCACUGCACCGUAGCUGCUCCUCCAGUUCACUUCUAGUUUGAUGCACUUAACUUGCGUUUCAUUGGUUGAUGUGAUGCCAAACCGUGUGAGAAUGAAGCUGCUGUGGGUUUAAAAAAAAAAGACAAAAGCCACUUAGAAAGACGGGUUUGAAACUCGACGCCGUCGUCGCCACAUUGAGCACGCUGCCCCUCCGCGUUAGUCCGGAGCGGCGCCUGGAAGUGCGCUCCAUUGAUGGAGACGCUCUGUUAGCUGAUCAGACCUUAUAAAGUUAGUCUUUCUAGCUGAGGAUGCUAAAGCGAUUAGCCGCCUGUCUUUCAUUGGAUCAGAGGCUUCUCCAGAUCCGCUGGAAGACAGACCACUACAGGACAUCCUUCCUGCCUACAGCUGGAAGCUGAACGCUAUCCCAAUAGUUGACCUCCCUUUGGGAUUCAUAAAGAUGGAACUGAUUGGAUCAGUUCCAUCAGGGGUUUGCAGAUGUUCUGCCGUCUUCAGAGACUCGUUUGUGCCUGGAAGGUCGUCUGACCUGUUUCAUUCCUGGAUGUAUGAUCAUCCACCUUUCCUUCAGUCUGUGCCUGAUGAAGACUAGAAAAGUCUUCCUCCUAGCAACCACUGAGCUGCCUUAGAUACAGGACUGUGUCUCAAUGCGGAGGUCUGCUUUACAGACGGCCUCUAGGGGCGCUUCGUCAUGUUUCCAGGCGGAGGAGAACCACAGCUGGAUAUCUUGCAUGAAAAGCUGCUUCAGAAUUCGGGUUUUCCUGAGUGGAAAGUUGGGGUGGAGG